ACACACAAGCAACCCCCACAAAAGCAGCAUACCUUUGCCUUCCCUCUCUCUCACUAUAUAUAUAUCUCUCCAUUUUCUUGCCUCAACAUAACCCAACUUUUUAUUUUCCUUUUCAUUUUCUCUCUAUCCAAACAGAAAGUUUCAGAUAAAAUGGCUCCUCGGGAGAGAUCUAAUAAUAAUAAUAAUAGUAGUAGUAGUAACUCCGUUCACGAUCUUAAUAGUAAUAGUAAAGAGAUCCGUUAUAGAGGCGUUAGGAAACGGCCGUGGGGCCGUUACGCCGCGGAGAUCCGGGACCCGGGGAAGAAGACGCGUGUUUGGCUUGGGACUUUUGAUACUGCGGAAGAGGCGGCGCGUGCUUAUGACGCCGCCGCUCGUGAGUUUCGUGGUAUUAAAGCUAAAACUAAUUUCCCUUCCCUUUCCGAACUCAGCGCCGCCGCUGGAGUAGCUGUCACCUCGGCUUCUUUACGUAGCCCCAGCCAGAGCAGUACUGUUGAGUCAUCGUCUCCGCCGCCGUCUUUACUGCCGUACGCAGCUUCACCUCCACCUCUCCGUCCGCCUCUUCUUGAUCUGAGUCUCAACAUUCAUAGCCAGCAGAACAAUAAUUACCACCACCAACAGCAGCAUUUUCACAACGGCGUUCACUUUCCUGGAGGCGCGUGGUUUUCACUCGCGGCGGUUACCAAACCGGUCAUUUUCUUUGACGCCUUCGCUCAGGUAGAGAGUAAAAGUAGUCUUAAAAAGCAGAUUUUUGAUCGAACGGCUACGAUGGGGAAUGGUGGUGGGGUCCAGAGUGAUUCAGAUUCAUCCUCAGUCGUUGAUUAUGAGAACGAUCAUGAGCGUGGCAGUUGUAAGAAAGAAAUCUCACUUGAUCUUGAUCUAAACCUGCCGCCUCCGGCGGAAGUCGCCUGAUCGGAGUUUUUAUCUUUUUUAAUUUUGGAAGGAAGUCCCGUGUCCGUCGUUUUUGGCUUAACUGCCUGUCGUUUUGUGCAUUUCCUGAGGAAAAUCUGACAUAACUACGUAUCUGCUUUGUUUUGUAUAUAAAGAAGAGAAGUGAUACUUGUUUUUUUGGCAACAUAAACUGUUGUUUUCUAAUUUUACUUUCAAUUAGUGAAAAAACGAAGCUAAUUUUGUUCUGAAAUUCUCUAGUGUAUGGCAGAUUGAAUUCCAUCAGUUUCUCAGCAUCCAAACAGAAAAUAGAAUUUGUCAUUUAGUGGUUGUGUGUAA